UCUGUCCAAUCCGUUGCGCCUAAGAAAGUAGCCAAGGGUAAGGCAUCCAUACGGGAACGAACUACCAUAUGUGAAGGCAGUGCAAGCCCGCGAAGCAUUUAUAAUUCAAGCACAAGGUGCUAUCAAACGAUUAGAAGGCAUGGAAAUUCCUGGCCCUGACUCGGAGGUGCUUGAGAUGACAAAGGAGCAAAACCACAUGGCAUCGUCCGCGAAGGGCAAAGAGAGAGAAUCGACGCCCUUGGCUACAUAUAUUUUCUAGGUCACUAAUUGCUACAUGCCUGUCCCCCGAUCUGUUCCAAUCGAGAUAGAUGUUAUAUCUUGUGAUUAUAAGGUGAGCCGUUGAGUUUGAAAUCCAGUAUUCCAAUGCGGCCCAGUUGGAUGCAUGUCAUAGUCUCUACUUCAACCUAGUCUACGUCCUCCACAACCAGCACAACUAGUAACCAUGGCUAGCCCUAACUUACCAUCAGACUGGGUUACAAUCAAGGCAGCUUUUGCUAACCGCGAGGACAUACAAGACAUCAGCACAAAACAGGACCCCCAAAUGACCGUUUACCAGGCUUUAGAGGUGGCCAGAACAAGUGUAGCGAAUCGUGUCGCUGAAUCUCACCAUGUGAAGAACGUGAAACCAGAGUCAAUGGAAAUUUUCGCCUCCAACCUAGAACCUUUCACCGACGCCCUGGGCGAGAGGACUCUUACCGCCAUCUGUAUUCCCGCCUCAGAUGGAGACCAUCGUAUUCAAAAAUUUCCAGAACGCGUAGUACGUGCGGAGAAUGACUUCAAGAAUCUUAUGGCGUUGAACAAAAGGUCUCUUGAUCGAAUAAGGGAGAUGGACGAGAAACACACCUUUUUAGUCGACCAAGCAUUCAAAGAUAAAGAGGAGUGGGACGCACAGGCAAGUAGAAUCGAAGUGGAACAUAAGGCCAAGCGUGAUGCAGAAGUUCGGGAUGCGACUAGUACGGCAAUCCACUCCAACGAAGAACAGCACCUCCAGAAGGCGCAGCUGAUGGAUACAAAGAGGAUGUAUAAGGCCCAGUUGGCAGAGAAGGAAGCAGAGUUGAAAGCUGUGCGAAAGCGCUUGACACGGGCACAGAAGAAGACUGUGUAUCCCAUCGCGCUCCGAGCCCUCUUGGAUGAGUCGCAAGAACUUAUCCGUGAAACCAUUGGCGCGGAACACCCAACGUGGGAGGACCUUCGUGGUACCAAGACAGUACCGGCAAUUUGUUGCCUACGCCUUGCAGCAUCUUCAGCAGGCUGGGAAGCCGCUAUCACUCGAUGCUAUUGAUAUGUUAUGCAGUUCCAGGGGUACGGUGGCUCAUAUCAGGCAUCAAGGCAACGCUGCUGCUCAUCCUGACGACAAAAAUGACAUGCUUGAUGCCAUUUUAGCUUGUUCCGAGAAGGACGGUCGCAGUCUACUGAACACUUUUGUUUACGGUCAAGACUCCUGACUUGGUCAUGUCCUGUACUUUAUACUAUUGGUACUAGUAGCUUUCCGCAUCAAAUACACUGCCCUUCAGUGCGUGUGCACUCAGUC